CUAAACAAUUGUCAGACACUAAAAUUUCCUAAUAGGACAAAGAGAGAGGCACCUAAAUUCAAAUAUUUCAAAAGCAUAAUAUACAAAUGAACAAAACCAUUGAAACAAUAAUUCAUUUGUUCUCCUCCUCUUCUUCUUCUUCACAAUGCCAAUAUCAACAGUUGAUCAUCAAUAUUCAAGAUUCAAAAAUUCAAAAAACAAAACCAACACACAUUCUACUCCUAAUCAUCAAUUUUCCAACACAAAUGUCUCAAAUGAAUCAAAAAACAAGAAGAAAUUUAUGUCUAUGAGCUUUGGAGGUCUAGGAUGUAAGGGGAAAUUAAACUCAUGGACUGCGUCGACGCCGGAAGUUAUUAGAUCAGCAGCACAAUGGGAGAGUAGUACUAAGCAAAUGAGGAAAAAUAGAAGGAGAAAGAUGACAAUAUUGUCAACAAGUACUAGGAAUUCAACUAAUGUUGUUUGUUGUGCUCCUCCUGGUAUUGGUUCUGCUUUUGAUGUUGCUCCUAGGGCAAAAACAAGAUCAAAUAACAAAGAGCACUCUCGUGUCAUGAGGAGAACUGUGAAUGGUGAAGCAAUUUCUAGGUUACAUCCGUCUAAUAUGAGACAUCAACUCCCUCGUUCUCAUCAUCGUCCUCAUAUUAUGAUCCUCAGACAGAACUUGCAAUUUGCUAGAGACUUAGAAGGGGAUGAUCAAUAUGGAUCCUGGAGACUAGAUGUAGAUGAUAUGUCAUACGAGCAAUUGGUUGAACUAAGUGAUAAGAUUGGGUAUGUGGGAACAGGUUUAGCAGAAGAGAAGAUAAUUCAAUAUAUAAGAAAGUUUAAGCUCUCAACAAUUGACUUAUAUUCAAUGCUCAUAUCUACUGAUAAAACUUGGAGAUGUACCAUUUGCCAAGAAGGAUACAAAGUUGAUGAUGAAAUUGGGAAACUAGAAUGUGGACACUACCAUCACAUUGAGUGCAUAAAGAAAUGGCUAAUGCAUAAAAAUGCAUGUCCUGUUUGCAAAAUUGCAGCUGUCCAUGAAAAUUGAUUCUUGACAAAGAUUUCUUUCGCUUUUCUCUAUUUAUAUAUAGUCAAGAACAUUAAAUUUCAGAGGCAUAUAUUGAUUUUUUUGUUUUAAUUUUUUUCCUAUUUUUGGUUUGUUAUGAGUGAUAUUGAAUGAUGUUCCUCUACUUCAACUAUAUAUGUUGGUUUUGGAAA